AUGCAAACAGAUGGGCAGCGACAGACUAAUAAGCCUCAGUCGCAGCAGCAAGCCCAGGAUAAUCAAAACAGCGAGAAGCCGCCCCAAGUUGUUGACCAACCGUCCCGAAACCAACUUCAACCGCAACAGCCUCUAUUCGAGACACAAAAACAGGUACCCAAUCGAUACAUCCCGUCCGCGGAAGGACCGAAGCAGCGAGAUUUCGACGAAGCCGCGCGGCAACGGACCCAAUAUCGAGAGCGAUUACAGCGGAUUGUGUCACAUAUCGACUCGAUUGAGAAUAAGCCGAAGAUGUCGAACUAUAUUCCGGCUCAAUACCAACGAGAGGACCCCAAACGGGGCCAGGAUAAGGAAUGCAGACAACAGAAGCUUCAGAACCUGGCUGAGCGGUCAUCUGAAGGACAGUCUCUGCCACCGGAGCGGGCUCAACAGCAGUUACCCAGAGAUCAACUGCAACCACCGCAGCCACAAAUUUUGUCUCAGAACCAGCCCCAAAGUCGCCAGAAACAACACAAACAGCCUGUAGAGAAGCGAUUUGGUCAGGCCGUGCGGGGACUGUCUCAACAAAGGUUUCGAACGCAGCAGCUCAUGGAUGUACCCCAGGGCCGCUCAAAGUCUGGACAGCCCCUGCAGCAGCUCUCUCAUGCUCAUCCUGAACCACAACGGCCUCAGUACAUACGGAAAGCGUCUGUAAAGUCCCAGGCAUUAUUCCAGCCACCUCAGCCACCUCAAGUUCAAUCCCUAAAAGAGACUAUUUACCGUAAAGAUGCGAUUCUUCCGAAAUCGGUUCGAGAAAGGUCCUCUCUGAUUGACAGCCAGACUCUUGAGGCUCUUUUCCGGCCGGAACCGGUCGAGUCGCUGGAUAGUUUUGGCGCUCAAGCCAACUCUCUGCAGCAGCCUCAGGUUCAACACCAGGAGCAACAAGCAAAGCAACAACUGUCUUCUCAGGAUGAUAGCUACCCGUGGAAGUUUGUUCGGUACGGGCCGGGACAGCCUCCAUCAGAGCCUGGCACUGAUUAUGAACAGUUGAGCUUUGAUGGUUCAAGAUCUCCAUCGAUAGUGAGUCUGAGCUCUGAUGGUGAUGAAGAUAUUGUUGUAAUCGGAAAAUGGAAAGCUACCGAAGGGGAUGGGUCUUUUUGGUAG